AUCAGAUGGCGCUUGAUCAUCGGCCUCGAUUGGCUUCUAGCACCUGGACUGCCCACUAUCAUGCCCGGUAUCUUCAUGCCUGCCUGGCAAUCGACUGCCAAAACGGUGCCCGACGUUUUUUUCCGAUGGCACUCUGGGACCGACAAUGCUCUCCAUGGCUUCAAGUUGGAGAAUCCGAGCUCAAUCAUUCCAUCAUUUCUUUAACAAUGUCGGACGACGCUUCGAGCAGUAAAUACAACCAAUCAGACCUGAAGGACACUUUCAAUUCGGGGGUAUUCGAGGAGAAACCAAGAUUACGACGAUACCACCCGAGCUCCCUGACGGCAGCGUCGUCAGCGUUCCAAUCCAAGCCGGUUCUCUCACCAGAAUCAUUCUCCACCUCGGCGACUCUUUACCGGCUGGGCAUCUUGGGAGCCGGGCGGCAUCUGGAAACAUUCAUUCAGCCUUGUGGGUCCGCCCAUGCUGCAAGUUGGAGCUCCUCCGCGGCUGUCGUUUCCGCCCCCAAACCCCUUGCUACCUAUGCCCCUAGGCCUCGUGGCAUAGGUAUCCUUCUGCCUCCAACCUCGAUUGAACGCCAAGGAGCUCGUCAACUAGGUACUGGCCUCAGCUGGGUGGCCAUACGGUGUACGGAACAUCUCUGAAAAUGUUAGGCAGAGUUCUGCGCGUCCCUCCUCCAAUACAACCCCACGCUUGUUCCGGAGACUAGCUAGCUAGCUGCUUGUUAGUCACCACAGCACAUGGAUUCGUCUCGCCAAAGUUAGUAUCGACCAGCAAGAAUUACUCGGCUGCGGUGCCCCUCUGUCUCAUAUCAUAAUUCUCGGCUCUCCGGUGUUAACUUUGCACAUCUAGGCCUCACCAUGUUUGACUCACUCGAACUCGCAUUGACAAGCUCUCCGCCUCGGUGGGUUGUGUCCUCUAAGGACCGUCGCUUCAGGCAGCAGACAGGUACAACUCAUCAGCAUCGGGCCUGAUACCUACCUCAGGUAGCAACAUAUCGGCCGACGGAAAGGCCUUCAGGCGGGCGAGACCGUUUGGAGAUGUCUCAGUCUUAUUCCUCUCUGCGGCCGCAAACGAUAGAAUGAGCCUGGGGAUUGAACGCAUUCCUCACCACCAUUGGCAGGCGAACCAAAUGCAGCUCGGAGGGUUAUUGACCUGGCGAAGUGCGUGCGAAAAAAAAACCACCAUCGAGAAGGCUAACGCAAACGCACGGAGCACUACUGCAAGGGUAGCAGGCAUCUCGAUGGGGCCAUGGAGGAGUCUGGACAGCUAGACUACUUCCCGAAAGCUGCCUCCCUGCCGCUGGCGUCAUCAUCAGCUUACCCUACACUCCCUCAAAGACUGAUUGAUGCGCGCGAGGAGUCUGCCUGACUGCCUGUAUGCCUCCCUCGUCACCAGGAAGAGAGCGAGGAGGUUGGAGUCGGAUCCAUCGUCCGACACACCGCCAAAAGGCUGUACGUGGACAGCGCGGCACCGACAGAAAAAAAAAAUCAGUUCUGUCGUGUCAUUUGAUGGACGAGUGCAUGGGAUAGAGUCAAGACAACACACCUCGCCUUCGAUACUCGGGUCAGAAAUAGCUGGAAGAACGUUGGAUCGGCAUUGGAGGGUUGCGGGAUGGGCGGCCUGCGCCUCCGUGAAUGCGGUCGCUGGUCGCACGGCAUGCGGGGUCCUACGGUCUCUCGCAGAUUCGCACACACACACUUCCUCUGUUUCUUCUCUGGAUGGCACACUGACACACUGGUGUUGGGCCUCCAGCAUUUGUGUGUCCAUCUGGUGCUACCCGGCGGCAUCCAGUCAUCCAGGGUCCCAAGACCAGAUUCACCCAGUCUGUAGAGAUGACUGGUCCCUCGUACGAAAGUGCCUCCAGCCUAUGGCGUGCUGGAGCUUGAGGGAAUAAGCUUCUCGGAGGGUUGGGCCAUGACGUCGAAAGACUGCGGCAAAGUCCUUUGGGGAAGAUUUGGGACGACUGGAUGCCGUCUGGCGUCGGUGCUUGUGGGCGCUUGCUCGCUGCCAACGCUGCUGGUGCCGCAAAUGGGCAUGUUCGAUUUUGGCCGCAUCAAGCAGCUUCCCACCCCAGCGCAGCGAUCGGCACCUUUGGGUCCCUUGGGGUCCCCUUGGAGGGGCGCCACACCCUCCCUCUUCCCAUUUUUCUUCUUCCUAACUCUCGCCCUCUUUCUUUCGUCUACUACUUAUUCACAUGUGAAGCCAAACGCCUUCUCAUCAAUGUUCAUACACUGAUUGCUAAACAAAUUCCACUCCAACGGUCGGAAGCGAUCUGGUGUUGUUGCGCGCUUGUUGGUCGUCAAAAGCUCAUCAUGGGGGUCAAUCCGGGCGUCGUGUUUCUACUGAUCUGCAUCGGACUGCUGACGACGGCCAUCGUCGUUCACGUAACGAGCACCAAUCUCGCCCUUCCCAUUUCGCCAUUCUUGUCUCUGCUUCCGAUUCUGCUACCUAUCCUUGGCACUAUCAACGCAUUUUACUACCCGCGCCUGCUAUUCAAUGCGAGCAACUCUCUCGCUCGGACCGAGCAGCUGUUUCCUACCAUCAUCCAGACACUUCAAGGCAUCUUGACCACCGCUGUCGCCGUUAUCUUGUUGCAAACCGCUCUUCCCGGCGAUGGUCUAAACUGCGCCCUGUCCACUAGCUGGCAGCGCAUGUUUGUCGCCAAGGAUGAGUCGACCAUCAGGCGCAUCCAGGACAGCCUUAAUUGCUGUGGUCUGAACAGCGUCAAGGAUCGCGGUUGGCCAUUCGGUGCUAAUGCCCAGUGUGCCGAGAUCACUGGUCGCGAUACCGCCUGCAUCGGACCGUGGAGGGACGCAACGGUGCGGAAUUCCUCCAUCGACUUGGGCAUCGUCAUCACCGUUGGUGUGCUACAGGUUCUGACGCUGCUCUUUAUGCAGAGUGCCAGCAACUGGAGACACGCAUGGUGGGCGCAACCCUGGAGCCACCUCUCAGAGCGUCCGAUCGAAGAGCGCCAGCGCAGACCUCUUCUCACUGCUACCAUCUCCACACACUCAGCGCAUGACAGUGGUGAGGAAUCUGAAGACAUUGUGAGAUACAGCGACCUGAACCCGCAUUAUGGCACCACGGGAGAGGGACAACGAGGCCGUAUUCGCACUGGAUCCAGCAGGAUUGAGCCCUCUUCGCUCAGAAAUGUCGAAAAUGCCGAAAACGCACGGAGAGACGAGUAAUUUUCAUGCGUCACACCCUCAUCGAUCCAAAAGUCUCUGCACCUUACCAACGACGACACGACUCUCUUUCAAAAAUCAUUCUACCUUCUUUUGCAUUGCGAGCGAGAAUGGUUUGCUACCUGGGAUUUGGAAGCCGGGGGACAGUUCGGCGGAGUUCGGGUUUGGCCGGUUCGUGCUUUAGUGGCCAUAGUCCUUUUUUGCUAGGAGGGUUCCCUUGUCUGCUUUUUCUUCUUUGGGGUUGGCUUAAAUAACUAUUGGAGUUGGUUCGAAAUUUCGUUCAUUGACGCCGCUUGUUUUGACAUGCCUGCGAGUAAAAGAGCUAGAUCACGGCCUGCCAUUGCGAACCUGAGGUCGAUAAUGUAAGCGGAUUACCGGGUCGAAACGACGGGACACCGAUGCGAAGGAAACUCUUACCGAAUAGGAGCAUGCCGUUUCGCCAGUGCCUCCAAGAGGUCUGGUCUCGGUUCCAGCCCGCCGAGUCCCACGAACACCUUGCGUCCAUCUACGCUCGCCUUCUCUGCUGCGUUAGCGAUUCUGGCGACGGUGGAAUGGAAGAGUUCUGAGUCGUAUUGUCCUGGGAUUCCGAGCCUGCAAACCACACGUCAGCUUCAGUCUCGAAAUGUCAUAGAUCGGUCAUCUUCUACGGCGGAAUGAGGGCUGACUUACUCCAUGCAGAGAUCUGCGCAGCCGAUGAACAAGGCAUCGAUGCCCGGCACGGCGGCGAUGGCUCUGUGAUCUCGUUAACGCCAACAACUUCCACAUGGGAAUCUUCCCCCGUUGCGUGAGACUGCGGGCACUGACUCUACGUUUUCGACACCUUCUUUGGUCUCGAUCAUGGGAAUGAUGAGGACCUCGUUGUUGACUACCUCGGCGAUGGCCGCGUAGGAUAGCGUCGUCGUGUACUGGGUCAUUGCUGUGACCAUGGUGACGGAGCGGUGGCCCUACAAAUUUGCCUCUUACGUGUAAGCUCACUGUUUUUUAUCGUGGAAGUCAUCCUUUGUAGGCAGACGUCUGGGAAAGGGCAACGUACCAAGGGUGGAAACUUUGAUGCGCUGACGCACAUUUCCGCUUGCUCGACGGUGUUUACGUGCGGUACGAUGAUGGAUUGGGCCCCAGAGUCGAGGCAGCGGGAGAUCCAUUCCGGGGCGCACGUUGGUACGACUACGGUCGGUGUGAUGCUUUUGUUUGCCAUGGUUAGUAACGUACGUCAUGGUCGGUUCCUCUGACUGGCCUUUACCCGACAUUCAGACAGGAGACGGCGAUAUCUUUCAUGGUCUCCAUGCUCAUGGCCAUGUGCUCGAGGUUCAUGAGCACGGCCGAGUAGCCCGCGCGCUUGGCGACGAGGGGCAUCUCGGUGGAGAAGGCGACGCGGAGGCCGAAGGAGUGGGCGAGUCUGUUCUGGAGCAUGAGGUUCUUGACGAGGUUUGGGCGGCAGGCUUCGCGGGCGAGGGCGAGUUGCUGCUCGUGGGUUGCUGGUGAGGACAUGUUGAACCUUGAAGGGUUCGAUUGUGUGGACGUUGAUCAAGGGAGGACUCUGAUGUCUCGGGAAUGUCAAGAUACUGGGGAAAUUGGAUCUCGGGAGGAUGAUGGUGCUUGAAGCUUUGUUUGAUAGUGUUAUGGGUAGGUUUACUUGCCCAAAGAAUGGUAUCGAGAACGUCAGCAGCUUGCGUCCGGAUGCUGUGAGUUGUAAUGGUUUUUGACAAGCUUGAGACGGUCCUGACUUACACCACCCCGCC